AUGGCGGAUGGAAGAAGACUGCUGAUAGGUGUUGACGUUGGAGGGACCAACUCAGACCUCGUUGUUUUGGACCCCGCGAGAAUCUCCGAGCCAAAUAGGGGGGUGUUGGCUUGGUACAAGGCAGUGACGACGCCAGAUGUUUCGGAGGGGAUUGAACAAGCAAUCCGCACAGUGCUGGAUGACCCAUCGAAUGACAUCAAAAAGGAAGAGAUCGUGUCCGUCAGUAUUGGAACCACGCACUUCAUCAAUGCGGUAAUUGAGCGCGAUGCCAACAGGCUGGAGCGCGUAGCCGUGCUACGGUUGUGCGCCGGAUUCGGAGAAAGCCUUCCUCCAUUCGGCGACUUUCCGGAAGACUUGGGCAGCAUAUUGCAAUGCUACACUGCGUCGAUGGAUGGAGGUUCCCAGGUCAACGGAUCGGACAUCAAACCGUUGGAUGAGUCAGCUCUGCGCAGACAUUGCAAGGAAAUCAAAAAGAGAGGCAUCACUUGCGUCGCGGUCAUUGCCACAUUUGCCAACAUCAACAAUGCCCACGAGCUCCGUGCAGCAGAAAUUAUCAAGGAGGAAAUUCCAAGUGCCGAGGUGGUGCUUUCGCACACUGUUUCGACAAUUGGGUUUGUAGAGCGCGAGAAUGCUACGAUACUAAACGCCGCAAUCAAGCGCUUUGGCCGCCGUCUAAUCACGUCUUUUGUGCGUGCUACGAAACGUAUAGGUCUAGACUGUACCAUCCUAAUUUCGCAGAAUGACGGCACAGUGCUCUCUACUAAGGAUGCGCUUGCAGCGCCUAUCAGGACUUUCUCGUCAGGCGCCACGAACUCCAUGCGCGGUGCUGCAAUUUUGUGUUCAGCGGAUCCUGAGGUAACUGGGAAGAACGUCAUUGUGUGCGAUGUAGGUGGGACUACUACUGACAUCGGACUUCUGUUGGCCUCUGGCUUCCCAAGGCAAUCUUCAACAUAUUCAUAUGUUGGUGGGGUUAAAAUGAAUUUUUCCAUGCCCCAUGUGCUAAGUAUUGGACUUGGUGGAGGAUCUAUUGUAAGAACAGAGGAAGGUCUAACGGUUGGUCCAGAUUCGACAGGCGCGGAUAUAGUCAAGCAAUCGCUUUUAUGCGGCGGUCCGGUUACCACGGCUUCCGAUGUUGCCGUGGCAAAACUGGCCGACAGUGGGAGUCUGGAAGCCCUCAGUGAAUUCAAGAUGGGUAAUGUUUCGCGCGUCAAGGGCAGAUUUGACGAAGCCUACAAGGACGCAUUCACUGCUACUCUCAAAGAGAAGUUAGAAAGGACUAUUGAUCGCAUGAAAACCUCUCCCGAUCCUAUCCCCGUCAUAAUGGUUGGGGGUGGCUCGUUUAUCGCUCCGGACAGCCUAGAUGGUGCAUCUAAAGUCAUUAGACCGCCAUAUUACCAAGUCGCCAAUGCCAUUGGGGCAGCCCUAGGGAAAAUUUCUUCAUCAAAGCAGGAAUUCCGGACGAUGCUUAAAGGCACAGAUGAAGAGAAAGAAGAGGUAAUUAAAGAGCUGGUGCAAAAGGCUCAAGACGAGGCGUGCUCCAAGGGUGCUCUUCGGAGUUCCCUAUCUGUUGUCAACAUUGUCUGCGAUGCCGUUCCAUAUGUUGAUAAAGUCUAUAAUGUUGAGGUGAAAGUCAUCGGUGAUAUUGACUAUGGAAAGGCGCUCGACGUAACCCAUAAAGUAGCAGAGGAGAAUGGCGACGAGAGCGAUGAAGAGACCAACUAUGUAACUACCAAGAAUGCUACUGUUUUGGCGACAGAGGCAAAAACGGUUGAUUACACUACCUAUAGGCCCUCGAUUAAGGAUGGUGAGUGGAUUCUUUCCGUGACUGAUAUCGACUUUAUUAGUAUUGGUGCAUAUAUUCUAGGUUGCGGAGGAGGCGGUGACCCAACUUCCGAAACUAUAGAAUUAAAGCGGAUCAUAAAGAAUGGCGGGGUUAUCAAGGUGCUCACUCUAGAUGAGUUUGAAAGGAAGACAAACGGAAAGGGCCGCGCGAUAAAUGUGGCUUACUGCGGAUCUCCUACCCUUUCUAGCGAACGUCUUCAUGCCAAUGAGCUACUAGAGGCAAUAGACCUAAUCGAGCGCUGGGAAGGUCAGAAAGCAGAUGGUAUUUUUAUGUUUGAAAUCGGUGGUAGCAAUGGUCUUGCCGGUUUAUGGACCGCUUAUAAAAAGAACUUGCCGUGCAUUGACAUAGACCUCAUGGGACGGGCAUAUCCAACACAAUGGCAGUCCUUACCGUCAGUUUACAACGACCUAAAGGGUUAUCCAUACGCAGCACUUUCGGACGGGAAUGGCAUGUCUAUACUAUUCACUAGUGUAGCUAAUGAUGUUCAAAUGGAAGACCUGGUGCGGGACGCUAUGAACAACCACGGAGUACAAUGUGCUGUUGUGGACCCAACUAUGAAUAUCUCCCGGAUGAAGAGAGAGACAGUCCUCAGCACUCUGUCCUUGUCGUGGAGAAUCGGCCGUGCAGUGCGUCUCGCACGGGCAAAGGGCGAUACUGGUAGAUUGCCCGAUUAUAUUAUUAAUGCUGUGGGCGGGCCCGACGCCGCCAAGUACCUAUUCAAGGGGAAAAUUAUUAGCGUGGAGAAGAGAUUGGAACGCGGUUAUGGAUAUGGUGUAGUUGUUAUAGAGGGACUGGAUGACAAAAGUGCCAUCUUGAAGGUGCCAUUUAAAAAUGAAAACAUUGUCGCCUACAAGGUCCAGGCUGACGGCACAGAGGUGCCAAUUUGUUCUGUACCUGAUUUAAUCACUCUAUUAGAUGAAGAUGGCGGAGCCGUAGGUACGCAGGAUUACAGAUACGGACUUAUCGUCCUUGUGAUGGCUUUCGCUCCAUCAGAUAAGUGGACAUCCGCCCCCCGUGGUAUCGAGAUCGGCGGGCCAAAAGGGUUCGGAAAGGCCUUCGAGCACAUCGAAUACAAGCCAAUCGGGCGUUAUGUUGAACCAGUUCCUGUUCCUGACGAAUACAGCCAGUAA